AUGAGCCAUGCAAAAGGUCCAACAGAGCCCCCUUUAUUCGAGCAAACCGUUGGAGAACAUUUCGCAAACAUCGUGUCCAAAUAUGGUGACCGAACAGCUGUCGUGUCGAGGCAUCAGGGGCAACGACUGACAUACGAAGAAUUGGACCAGAAGAGCAAUGAGCUAGCUCGCGGAUUAGCUGCAGGUGGGCUUGUUAAAGGUGAUCGAGUGGCCGUUUCAUUGGGGAAUUCUAUUGAAUAUGCAAUUGUAACAUAUGCCUUGUUCAAACUUGGAGUGAUUCUGGUCCCAUUGAACCCAUCAUUUAAUGUUAACCAGAUAGUCGCUGCACUCAGCCAUCUGGAAGCUUCCCAGUUGAUUAUGAGUACAGAGGUAAACCUACCGCGUCGAGAACCUCGCUCAACUGUCCCACUGCUUCAACAAAUAGUUCCCGACCUCCUCAGCCCGAAGCUCCAGUCUCACACCAUCCCUUCUCUAAAAAGAAUCAUUCUUGUCAGCAAUGACGAUGGCCGCGUUGACACAACUUCGCUUAACUGCACAACUCACUUCUCCUCCCUAAUAUCGAACCUCGCGCAAGAUAUGCGUCCCUUGCCACCGCAGGGCCUCUCGCCAAAUGACGUCGUAAACAUACAAUUUACAUCAGGCACCACCUCCAUGCCAAAGGCUGCCUGCCUAACUCAUCGAUCAAUUCUUAACAAUGGGGUUCAAAUCGGGGACCGCAUGCUAUUCACUCCGAAUGAUAUUGUCUGUUGUCCUCCACCUUUAUUCCAUUGCUUCGGGUGUAUCUUGGGGUACAUGGCAACUGCAACACACGGCUCAGCAAUUGUAUUCCCCGCCGAAUCCUUCAAUGCCAUCGCAACCCUCAAAGCUGUCCAGGAAGAGAAAUGCACAGCUCUCUAUGGAGUGCCCACGAUGUUUGUUGAAGAAUUGGAGCUUCUGGAGGAUGGGAAAGUGCCCCAUGAAGGAUUCCAAUAUCUACGAACGGGGAUUGCAGCUGGCAGCAGCGUUCCAGCAGAAUUGAUGAAAAAGCUCCAUAAGACGCUGAAUCUAACGGAACUAACCAUCUGCUAUGGCAUGACGGAAACUAGCCCGGUUUCAGCGAUGACGACAACGCAUGAUCCUAUUGAAAAGAGAAUUACAUCCGUUGGACGUCUCAUGCCUCACGUGGAAGCGAAGGUGGUUGACCCGUACGAUAGAAGCAAGAUACUUCCUGUGGAUACCAAGGGUGAACUCGUAGUGAGCGGCUAUCUGGUUAUGAAAGAAUACUGGGGUGCUCCCGAACGCACGGCGGAGGUGAUGGUGAAAGAUGAGGAAGGGAAAGUCUGGAUGCAUACUGGUGACGAAGCUACGAUAUCAGCAGACGGAUACAUAACCAUCACCGGCCGGAUAAAGGAUAUUAUCAUUCGUGGGGGUGAAAAUAUCCAUCCAUUAGAAAUUGAAAACUGUCUUUUUGCUCAUCCUGGUGUGUCGAAUGUGGCUGUUGUCGGAGUUCCUGAUGAAAGAUACGGAGAGGCUGUGGCAGCCUUUGUGGUUCCCCGAGAAGAAGUCGAGGAGAUGAUCACUGCAGAACAAAUCAGGGUGUGGGUGAGGGAAAAACUGAGCCACCAUCUAGUUCCGAAACACGUAUUCUUCAUGCAAGAUUCGUCCGACUUCCCCAAGACCGCGAGCGGGAAGAUCCAGAAAUUCAAGCUUCGUGAACAGGCUCUCGUUUUACUAGAGGGCGAGGAAUGA